CUGUCCACCCUCCCCCCAUGACAGAGUUCAAGGAAGAGGUGAUGCGGAAGAGCCGUGAGGCGCGCCUUGCUAAAGAGUAUGGGAAGGAGGCAAUGGAGGAGCACCAGGCGUUGAUGGCAUGGAAUGACGCUGAGAACGCGCGGCUGCGGAAAAAGAGGGAGGAACGACUCAGAAGAGAGGAGGAAGAAUUGCAGGACCGUAAGUUACAAGGAGCCCUCAACCAUGCCAGGCUAAUGGAAGAAUUUCUUAAGCAGAAAGAGCAAGAGGUCCUACAGUUGCAGGAGGAAGCCAGAAAUUUCAUCACCCCCGAAAAUCUGGACGAGCGAAUCCAAGAGUGCCUGGAUAACCCUCGCAACUACAACUUCGCCAUCGAUAAAGAAGGGCGUGUCGUCAAGCGGAGUGUGCUGUCUUAGAGACUCUUGAUCUGGUUGGACAAUUCAGAUGAGAGAUUUCCCCACAGCUUCCAUCCAGAGGUUGUGCUCGCUCGUCAGGAGCUUGAGGAAAAGGGCAUCAUGCGUACAAGCUGACCGCGGAAUUUCAUUUGGACAAAGCCCUUUGGUGCUAGUCACAAUUCUUGCACUGAACGGCUGUCGCCUACAUCAUAGCUCAUGUCCCCGUUGCGUGGGUAGGAGUUGCUGUUGUCUCUGAAAUUAAAGGAAUUUGUUUUGUACAACA